AUGACGAACAAAGAUGAAACAAUACCACAAGAUUUAUUUUUUCGUUUAUCAGGAGCUGGUGAUAGUCCAUGGGAAAUAGGUCAAGCUCAACCAGCAAUUAUUAAACUUGUUGAACAAGAAACUUUUCAUGGCAAAGUACUUGAUAUUGGUUGUGGCAUUGGUGAUAAUGCAAUUUAUAUUGCAAGUCAUGCAACUAAUGUUGAUCUCACUGCUAUUGAUCUCGUACCUGAAGCAAUUGAAGUUGCUCGUGAAAAAGCUCAAAAAGAGAAUGUUAAUAAUAUUCAAUUUGAAGUUGUUAAUAUGCUCGAUGAUCUUUCAAAAACAGCUUUAAAACAAAAUUCAUUUGAUGUUAUACUUGAUUCAGCAAUAUUUCAUAUAUUUUCAAAUGAUGAUCGUCAACAUUAUAUUAAAAAUCUUGAAUAUUUAAUUAAACCUAAUGGUUUUUAUAUUCAAUUAUGUUUUAGUGAAAAAGAAAUACGCGAAGGUGGACCACGUCGAAUAAAAAAAUCUGAUUUAGAAGAAUUAUUUUCAUCGAAAAAUGGUUGGACAAUUGAAUCAAUUGAAGAUACAAUCUAUGAAUCAAGAGUUGGCUCACCAAUAGGCAUAGAUGGUCGAGCUUAUCUCUCAUUAAUUCGAAAAAAUACUAAUAAUUAA